UAAGAAAUUAAGUUUUGAUGAUGUGUUACCUCACACGGAUCUCCUACUCUCCAACCUAUUUUGCCGGAAUUUGAUAGACCAUAUCGAUAACAAGAAUUUAUAACAAGAAGAUGUCUGGAUACGGUUCGCUAGCCAGCGCCAUAGGUUCCGUGUUCAAAGCACCCAAACCAGCGAAGAAUGACAUCCCCCAGUCGAAACCCAUUGACAAGGUACAGACGAAAAACAGUGAAGGUGGUUACGUCUAUAAGGUUGAUGACAUGAACCGCUUGCGCCGAUUUCUUAUCCUAGGCUCCGAGGGUGGAACUUACUACAUUAAGGAACAAGAACUGGGCAUAGAAAAUGCAACAGCAAUCAUGAGACUGAUUCAGGAAGACAAGGGUCAGCAAGUGGUGAACGAAAUAAAGCAUAUUAGUGUUGAAGGGAGAGCAUCUAAGCAGAAUGCAAUUCUCUUUGCCCUUGCUUUGUGUGCCAGGUUGGACAACAAGUUCUCCAAGAAGGCAGCCUAUGAGGCUUUGUCUGAUAUUUGUCGCAUUCCAACCCAUUUGUUCACUUUUAUUGACUAUAGUGAGAAGUUGGCCAAGAAUCUUUCAAAAGGCACGGGCUGGGGUCGUGCACAUCGACGUGCUGUUGCCAAGUGGUACAACAAACAUAGCAAAAACCCAAAGAAAUUGGCCAUGCACGUUACCAAGUACAGGAAUCGUAGUGGGUGGGCUCAUAGAGACCUCUUUCGUCUCACACAUCUGAAACCAGAGGGCGAUGUAGCAGCAGUGGUGAAAUAUGUUGUGAAAGGUUUGGAGGCUGCUAAAGAAACAUAUUCCACUGAAAUGUCUGAGGCAGUAAGAGAUACCCUCACUUUUCUGGAAGGUGUCGAGGAUGCGAAGAAGGCUACAAAUGAAGAAGAGAUUAUUGCCUUGAUUCAGCACCAUGGUUUGGUAAGAGAGCAUAUCCCUACCAAACUGCUGAACUCCAAGGGGGUGUGGAAAGCUUUACUUAAAAGCAUGCCUAUGACAGCAAUGAUCCGCAACCUGGCAAAGAUGACUGAUGUCGGGAUUCUAGAGUCUGAGAGCGAGGAAGAACAGAUAAUAAUAAGUCGGCUUCAAAGUGAAGAGGCCCUCCGAGAGGCACGUAUCCAUCCCUUCAAUGUCCUUUUAGCCUUGCACACAUACAGCAAGGGGGAAGGAGAGAAAGGGAAAUUGAAAUGGAACCCAAACCAGCACAUUGUAAAUGCCUUAGAUCAGGCUUUCUACAAAUGUUUCAAGUACGUCGAGCCUACCAACAAGCGUGUGUGCAUUGGUAUGGAUGUCAGUGGAUCGAUGGAUCAUUAUUCUGUAUUGGGUUCUAGUGCUCUAAGCCCCAGGCUAGCAUCAGGAGCUUUGAUGAUGACCACCCUGCAUACAGAGCCCAAGUGUGAUGUGGUUGCCUUCUCCGACAAAUUAGUUCCACUGAAUGUCAAUUUAGAAUGGAAAUUAAAUGAAACGUUGCAAUUGUUAAGAGGCAUACCUUUUGGAAGGACCGAUUGUGCUCUACCCAUGCUGUGGGCCAGGGAAAACAAGAGGGAGUAUGACACAUUUAUUGUGUACACAGACUGCGAGACAUGGAUAGGGGGUGUUCAUCCUGCGGAAGCUUUACGGCAGUAUCGGGAAGCCAGUGGUAUCUGGGAUGCCAAGCUGAUUGUCUGCGCCAUGACAAGUAAUGGCUUCACGAUUGCUGACCCAGAGGAUCCAGGAAUGCUGGAUAUGGCAGGGUUUGACUCUGCAGGGCCUGAAGUUAUGAGGAGUUUUAUGCUUGGCGAAAUAUAAAAUGGCACCAGAGGAAGACGGUUUAUAUCUUGGACCCAACAAACAAGAUUGUUUGGUUGGUCCCAGUUAAUAUUAUCUAGAUGUGAGAAAUGUUUAUUCAUAGUGAAAUUAAUUAGCUUUUUAGGCAGUAUUCCUACAUACAUCUUACAUACAUUUUAACACAUAAUCAGUGGUUUGUAAUAGAGCAUCUUUGAUAAAUAUGACAGGAUGUUAUGUGUAAGGUUCAUAUUUGGUGUAUCACCAGUGUGUUUUGUUUUAUUUGUUUGAGCUGCUUUUACAAUGUUAUUUGAAACUGCUGUUAAGUUGGUGAAAAGUGAAACAUUUGUUUUCAUUUUAUUUGCCCAAAUUAAUGAUUAUUAGUAUGGACUUUUUUCCUGUUGUGAUAAUUGGACAGUAUCUUGUGAAACUUUUUUGUUUGUUGUUUGUGAGUUGAAUGUUUGUUGCAUAUUUCCAUAUUGUUUUUUUUUUAUGUUGUGUUAAUCUUUUCCAUUAUAAUUUGUUGAUUAUCACUGUUUUGUUAGCAUUGCAUUGUUCAUGUUAUCAGACUCAAAGUUCAUGAUGAAGAAAUAAAGAUUAGUAAAUGUUGACAGAAGAUGACUAUAUUUGUAUAUAUUAGUGUUCAACAUUGGGGUGGAGGGACAAUGAAAAUAAUUUUUAAAAAUGAUUUUUUUUUUUUUUUUUUUUUUUUGCAUGAAUAUAUUAUAAAAUACUGGUGUGGAAAUGAGUAAUGUUGUAAAUAACUUGAAUAAGUACCUUCACCCAACUGGAUACAAUGAAGACAAGGAUGAACAGGGGGGACAAUUUAAGAUGCAAUGACAUGUACUUAACAAUGUUAACUUGUUUACAUCUCACUGAAUUUAUAUUCAUACAGAGUAACACACACCACAAACAUGUAAUUGGGUGUCAUUACAAAAAUUCUUCAAGAUUAUCAUUAGCAUUUAUUUUCAUAUAUUCUUUAUUGCUUGCUACAAAAGAACGUUGAUGCAAUUAAUUGUUCUGCAGAUUGUAAUAAGUAUCAUAAAAUAUAUGAAUAAUAAAUAUUAAUGACAUGAUUGUCUCAAUCGUCUUUGUCCAAUAUAAUGUAUACUGUAUACUGUAUACAUACUGUGUAGAAACCUAGAGUUCCUGCACCAGAACUAAAAGUAGAAUGUACUUAAACUUGGAUGAAUUUUUCACAUUUACACUAACCUUUUUUAUCCAUAUGCUUGUGACCUUUGUUGGAAAACAUUGUAAAAGGUCCAUUGAGUGUGAAAUUGUAAACAAGUGA